UCAUGAAGUGCAAAUCCAUCUCUGGUCUCUGGGGUGCAGAGCAGCCAGCCAGCCAGCCUAGGUCUUCAAACAGUGUGAGAUCCAGAGGAGGCGGGAGAAAACACCUGUUACGGAAGAAUCAAGUCGACAAAGCAGCCUCCACGUCUUCAGUAAGUGUAUUAAGCUGAAUUCAACAGACAGAGAAACACCCCCGUAUCCCACCUAGUGAAGCCAAGUGGGACCAUGUGGGUUCUGGACAAGAUCCGUGGGUCGGUAGAGACCACUGUGCUCCGGCGGGGGGAGAACGGGGACAAGGAGGGCAAUACUCCAGCCUACAGCAACGUCCUCACCCCUGAUAAGAUCCCUGACUUCUUCAUUCCCCCCAAGCUGGUCUCCUGCCCCCCAGAGCCUGAGACCCUGGACGUCGUCAAGCCCAAGGAGGGACUUUGGCCCUCGGCCUCUGAGCAGACCAUUGGCAGUAAGAAGAUCAGCAGCCCUCGAAGUCCUCGUCUGGUCGUCAAGCUGGCUGGGGACACCAAGAACCUGCUGAUGGCCGCCAACCGUCACAUCAUCCAGAUAGAGAGCGCUGAUGAUGUGGUGGCAGGGGACACCAAUGCUGACCCUCAGUCUCAGACCGCUAUGUCACUGCCCUACGUCCCCAAGACCCAGACCUCCUAUGGUUUUGCCACUCUGAUGGAGAGCCCCCACACCCGCCGCAAGGAGUCCCUGUUCCACUGUGACCAGACCAGCCCCCUGACCUCCCCCAACUGCCAGAGAAAGGGGAAGAGCAGCGUCAGCGAGGGCAACCACCUCAACCCCCCUGACUUCAACGCCUCUCACAACCCGUACCGCUACUUUAGCGGAGGGGAGAGUGACACCUGUUCCUCGGCUGAGUCCUCUCCCUUCAACUCCCCGCUGCUCUCCCGCUCUGCCUCGCUGCUCAAGAUCUUCACACAUGAGACACAGGCCAAGGUGGUGAAGGCCAAGAGGAAGUUUGCCCGCCACAGCUCCUUGUCCACAGACGAGUGCAGCUCGGCAGAGCCCAGUCCCAACGUGCCGCGGCGUCUCCACUCCCCUUCCCUCCACGGCAGUGGGCCGUCGGACCGGGAGCACCGGGAGCACACCAUUAACCUGCACAAUGGCGGCAGGGUGAGGCUAAGCGCUGACUACGAUGCCGGCACGGCCCGCCUGCGCAUCCGUGUUCUGGCUGCCGAAGAGCUCUACGACAAGAUGUACGACAUCAAGAGCAUCAACUGCUGCGUGUCACUGUACCUGAACCCUGGCAAGCUGCAGAAACAGAGGAGCACUAUCAUCAAGAACAGCCGAAAUCCUGUGUUCAAUGAGGACUUCUUCUUUGACGCUGUGACCUCAGUGCAGGUGAAGAACCUGGCAGUGAAGAUCAAGGUGGUGAAUAAGGGCACCAGCCUGAAGAGAGACACUCUGCUAGGGGAGAGAGAGAUUCCUCUGGGGAAGCUGAUCCAUGACCUCUAGAUUUGUCCUGGAGAUAUAGAACAGAACUCUGACUGACACUGAAUGAGACUAAUGGAAGAGAUAUAACUGGGGUUAGAUGUUUGCUUGGUGCUCCACAGAGAACUGUCUGAAAGGAGCAGUUCAUUUACAGGUCACUGACUGUUUGGUCUGGUCUAGCAGCUCAUCUCUUAGCUGGUCACCUCCCCAACAUUCUGUUCCCUGAGCCUGCAGCCCAACUUCCAGAUCAUGUGGUGGACAAUCAAAUAUGGCACAGGUCAAAAGACACCUGCACAUUUGAGUGACUCACUUUUUGUACUCUCAUGAUCUCGACGUUGUAUGUUGCAUGGUUGUAACUUAAUGUGACUCAUCCGCAGACGAUUCAGUGUUUAUUCAGUUCAGCACUACAACGCUUUUAUGGAUCAGUAGGUCUACAAUAACCUGAUGUGCAAAUUAUCCUUUGAUCCUGAUUGUUGUUGCCAUCUACAGUACUACUGGAGGGAGGGCCAAUCUGUGAUGUGACCACAAUGUCCCAAACCUGGAGGAUAGAGAUCAGACAUCACUGUAUGAAUCCUCUUCCGCUUUGCAUGAAUAUGUAAAUGCAGUGAUACAUUAUCAGUUUGUACUUCCGUUUCGUAACACCCACAAACCAUAGAGAGAGAGAGAAUGCAUGUCAUUUUAAAGAGUGUUUACCAAGUGGUUGAACAUGAUUUUCUACAUAAAUGUGGUAUUUGUAUGAGACAUAUGACAGUAUGGUGUAUGUGUGAAUUUGUUAUCAAGAUACAACAUUAUGACUUGUUUGUUAAUUGUCAAUUAUGUACUGCUCUCUGCUGGAGAGUGAAUGAUUGGCAGCCCCCUGUUUGAACCUCGACUAUACAAAAUAGCUCUCUACAAAACCAUUGCUUUGCCCCAAGCUUAUACUUUAUAUAACUAAUUGCUGUAUGUGUGAUAAUGUUGUUAUUGUGAAAAAUCAGUAUGAUACUAUACAAUUAUUAGUUUGUGCAUGUUCAUGCUAUCUAUAUACCUGCUGUAUAUGGGAGUGUGCUCACUGAGUUGUAACCAAUCCCUUUUUUGGCUUACAUCAGCAUAACUAAGAAACAUAAAUAUUGUCAGUAGAUUUGAUAAAACUUCAUUGUAGUAGACAGGGUCAAAAUGUAAGUGCUUUUAUGAUGUAAAUUCAAUUAAGUCAAAAAGUGGGUAGUGUAUUUUGGGGAUUGCCGAACAAGGCCUAUUUUUUUGUAAUUGAUUGUCUUUUCUAGUUUCUCAUAUAUACACUACCAGUCAAAAGUUUUAGAACACCUACUCAUUCAAGGGUUUUUCUUAAUU